CCUGUUAUUCAACAUGGAGAAUGCUGGAGACAAGGUGGGUAUGGACAACAAUUUUACUAGCUCAUAUUGGCAAGCAUUUUUCAAAGAGAGAUACUGUUAAACACAGAACUCCUACGAAUGAGUUAGAAAGAUAAUAGCAGGCAUCUGAAUUCAGGUUGGAAAUCGGCAAAUGCCAACCCAACUAUCGUCAUGUCAGGAUGGCAAAAAAUUGACGACUUGCAACUAUACUUUUCCGAUGCAAACUUACAGUAAAGAAAAAUACAGGUAGAGAGAUAUUCUUAUAUAAUAUAUAUUUAAACUUUAAAGAAAGUGUAUGUAUAAUGUCUUUCACAAUAUCAAUAAUGCGAAGGGAUUUUCAUAGCAAAACGUACCACGUUUAUGUAUGACGUUGAAUAUUUCAUGUAAUCAAUCAAUGCCAUAAACAAUCUAAUUAGAACAAAAUCUUUACUUAUUUUAGUUUGAAAUCAAAGCCUUUCCAAUUAACUGCAACUUGCAAAUAUACUUAAUAAAUUACAAUACAGUAAUUACUGGUUAGUAAUCAAAGUAAGUGUCAGCAUUAUUACUGCUGGCACAUUUUAUUGAAACUUAAAUUUGCCGACCUGAUUUCCCGCUAAUUCAGAGGCCUGUAUAGAUUUACAUGUAAAAUAGUAAUACUAUUGAGAUUAUUUAUAAAUAUCCUGGGGGAGUUGUUUGAAAGCCUGUUAGCUUGAUCCAAAGUAAAUGAAAACUUCAAAAUAAAUUAUCCAAUGACUUGUUUAUACCUUUCAAAACUUUCCAUAAAUCUUAUCAGGAUCAAUAGGUGUGUUAUGUGUAGAAACACACAUACUCAAACAGCAAGUUAAAUUUUAACCCAGGGUUAACGCUAAUCGUACUUUGACCAUAGAAAUGCUAAUCAUACUUCGUAGUUAAUGUACAUUUGACCAAAGUGCAAUAAAACUACUCAUGUUGUUUUUGCCUUACUAUUAUUAUCCGUCUGGCCAUUUUUAUUUUGUUGAAUUGGGUCACAUUGUGUGAAAUACUGCGUUUUUUUAUAGAAAUUGAUUCAAGAAAUAUUUAAAGAAAUUAUUACCAGAUAUGUUAGAUUAGAUUAAGAGGGCAUGCUGUUAUGCAAAGAAAGGAAAAAGCGCACGAAAAAACCAAAAUGUCUAUUUAGCCUACAUAGAGCAAGAUGCAUCUGCUGAAAAAAAACACAUCUCAUGCAAGGUUAUUUGCAUUUCUUCCCCAAUUCCAAGAGAAAGGUUUUGUAAUUGUUUAUAACAAGCAAGCGUUCAUACGGUUAUGUAUUGCUUACAACAUACUGGUAUGUCAAGUUGGGAUAAGGCAAAGAUGACUAAUGAGCUUGCCAAGUCAAAUUUGUAACUACCACAUAGUACAAGAAUCAGAUUGCGUGAUGAGAUUGCGAUGGGUUUAAUAAAUAACAAACGUAAUUUAAAAAAAAAUAAAUUGGCGGCUUUGCUCGCGCUGUGUGUCAACGGCAUUUGUGCCAGCAGAAAGUUGCCUGAAACACAGCAACAUUUGUCAAAUGUAAUGUUUUGCAUGCAUGGAUGGACGCCUACCCUGUAUUAUACCCUGUCCCAUCCGAAUAAGUUUCUAUAACUCUCACUCUUACAAAUUGAAAUAGAAACAGAGGACUCAACAGUCAACAACUAGACAAUUCAUUAAUACACUAAAAUGCACAUAAUCCUUCAGCAAACUUCUAUAUGCAAGUUCUCAUGGGGAAACUCACAGUAUUCAAAAGCUAUCAGGAGACCAGCAGAAGUGCUUAGUAUUUUACUGUUGUUUGAAGUUCUCUUGAGGAUAUCGGGAUACUGGGCAUAUUUUUCAGACACUGGUAUACAGUAUAAGGUGAGCACAUUGAGUUGUUUUAUUAUAAGAAAAGAAAAAUCUCCUAAGAAAAGAAAAUAAAUAAUGACUGCAAGCAGUAGCUUACUGUAGUAUUGGACUGACUAUACAUUUCUGAAAAUGUUGACUUUAGUAAUUAAAUAUUUUGUCUCAUUUAAGGUUUAGUAUUGUUGCUAAGGAAGUUCUGGCUCAAAAAGUUUCAUUGAAUACAUAUGACUUCUAUAUGUUGUUGUGUGAUGCAGUACAGAUGCUUUUAAUACAGUAAAGCAACUUUGGGUUACCGGUUGGCAACUUGAGCAUAUUGAAAGAUUGGAGAAGCUAUUUUGGGCCCAUGCUAUUAAAACUGAGUUUUAUGGGCUUGGAAUUUGUACUGAAAAUUUAGAAUAUUCAAUACAUGCUGUUGAAGAUAUUAGACGCCAUUCAGCAAUGGAUAAUUAUUCAUGUGAAUUUUAAAUAUGAACGAGCUAUUUUGACACACAAAGGACAAUCACACAAUGCAAAGGGCCUAGAAAGAAUUUUCCAAUCGAGAACAUCUUAAGUAUUUUCUUGACAAUUACCAAGAAAAGAAUGGACUGUUGUCUCAAUAUGGUCUCCACAACCCUAACUGAAGUUUGAUUUGCAAGGGGCAACACCACCCAUUUCUUUCCAUGAAUCUAGCUUUCCUGCAGCUGAAGUGCUACUGUACGACAUACAAAAUCUGCAUAAUCCCUCACUUGCCUUGCAGCAUGCCAUUUCUUAUGGCAUACCAGUAGGACUUGCCAAGAAAGAGCUGAUUGAAGAUCAUGUAAUUGCAGACCUCUAUAGAUAUUUCCAUUGCAAAGGGUAUAGCCGCACAAGAUAUUCCUGAUGUUGUAAUGUCUCUAAGGUGUUGUCCUAAGGGAUGAAUGUGGUGAAGUGGUGUAGUUUAGGAACAACUUGUAACGUCACUUCUGCUAAUGGUGAUCAAGAAUGGAUUCUGGAGAUAUCUACCAUUUUCGAAGUUGGACCAGUGGACAACAACUAUUACAUUGUAAACAGGAUAUACUACAUCCCAACCUAUGUUAAUGGUAACAUUGCCUACCAUCAGUGGACACAGACACAGCAAAGUAUUCCUCGCAAUUAUGUCCAGGACAGUAUCCAACCAACAUGUCAAAUAAUCCAGGAUGUUUUCUCUGCAUUGAUUUCAAGAAACAGGAAUUGCUAAAAUAUGUGGAUGUUCCAAUCUAUCCCAAAGAGGGAGAAACUGUUAGUGUGUUAGGAACAAGUAUUUAUUUAAAUAUUUAUUCAAUUGUUUUCCCAUGUAUAUAUAUAAAAAAAACCUACUUAAAAUAUGUUACAAUAAUUUAAAGAUUUUGGGCUAGAGACCUACUAGAAAUCUUGAUAGACUUUUUUAUUUAGGCCUCUAGUUACUGUUCAUUUGUGAUAGAUUACAUAAUCAAUUAUUUACAGUCAAUCAAUACAAUGUGUAAAAUCAGAAAGUUUUGACGUAUAUAUACUAUAUGUACAAAAGAGAAAAAGAAGGUAGAAUUUUCAUAUUAUAUAAAUUAAAUAUGUUGUAGAUACAUUUGAAUUUUUACAAUGAUUGGGCUACACUGUAGAAAAUCGCUGAUGAUAUUAUCAUUAGUUAAUAUUAUUAAUAUUCUGUUAAGCGCUCACAGGAGAACUGGUAACGAGUGAUGUUAAAAAAUCGUGUUUGUGGUGUGUUCGAGAACUUUUAUGAUAUUAUUUAGUUUUAAAUAAAGAAGUAAAAAUAACUCAAAAAUGUGAUUUAUUCAGUGUGAACGGACCGGAAUUCACCACACUGAAAGUGGCGACCCAUUGGCAGGAUAAUUAACGGGAAAUUUCAUCAUUUGUUUUAUAUUUACGAUCGGAUUGCGAAGGAUUGUUUGUGGGAAUUAGCAGUGGAUAUGGAACUGUGAGUACAUUUUCUAUUAAUUUUGUGGAUAUAUUUCAAUUACUAAAGCGUUUAUUUAUCGUGGGUUCUCAUUAUAUCGUUUAAAAACUACACAGUUUUGGAUUAACUUGACUAUUUUUCAUUGGAAAUCGGUGUUUAUAUAUUUUGUCGACAACAAGAUAUUUGGGGACAUAACGUUUGUCUUACAUCACGUACAUGAGUAACAAUCUUUUAAUAUUGGGUUUUAUAUGGACUGGAGCGUUGACAGUGGAGUAUAACAUUGCUUAAAUUCAAGAUAUCAAUACAGUGAAGUGAUAAAUAACUUGGAACUUGGUUUUUAAUACUAUUACAUUUAAUGUUGUGGAUUUCCAAAGAGGGGAGCAUAUAAUAAACAACAAACUGACAUAUUGUUACAACAAAAUUAGAUUGAGUUUUGAAUUUCGCACACUUUACUCAACAGUCGGUACUGUAUUUGAGACAAUAUGGCAACUGAAGCAAAACAUGACAAACAGGUGGCACUUGCGAAAAUAAACUUGUCGGAGGCUGAAGACCUUAUAGCAACGAACAAUCUGGAUGAUACAGUCAUGGCGUAUGGGAAACUUGGGGAAAUCAUAAAACGACUUGAACUAUCCAAGGACAACACUAUGCAAUAUAUGAUGGAAAAUGACUCGGAUUUGGAAACACUAAAAGAAUGGGCAGAUAAACAAAAGGAAUGCAUUCUGUGCUUUCGUAAAGCAAGGGACAACUGCAAACAACAAAUGGACAAAUUAAAAGUGCAACAACAGGAAGAAGCAAUUCAGGGGGAACUUGAGAAUAAAAAGAAGAUUAAUGAUGAGCAACUGAAAUUUCAAUUACAACAAGAAAAGGAACUUCAAGAGAUGAUGAUAAGGAAACAACAAGCUGAAGAAGAAUGGUUAAAGAAGAAAGUAGAACUGCAAAUGCAAAUGCAAAGUGAAGCAACAGGGAGUGUAACAGCUGGCACGACAAACGAAACUCGAUCUACAGUCAAGCUGGAAAAGUACACUAUAACACCAUUUACUGGGGAUUACAUGGACUGGCUGAGAUUCUGGAACCAGUUUACAGUAGAAGUCAACGACAUCAACAUUUCGGAGGUGAGCAAAUUUCACUAUCUGUUAGAGUUAGUAAAAGGGAAACCCCGAGAGGACAUUUUGGGUUUACCCCAUACAUCAGAUGGUUACAAGGAAGCAAAGAAGAUACUUAUAGAAAACUAUGGCAAGGAUACAAAAGUCCACAAAGCACUCAUAAAAGAUUUGGAAAGUCUUCACACUAUUACCAGCAUCCACAAACUCAAUUUGAUUCAUGAUUUUUACAAUAAGCUGUCAAGAAUUGUUAGAUCUCUUACAACGAUGGGAAAAUUGCAAACAGCGCAAAGUGCGGUGUACACAUUAAUGGACAAACUAGGCCCUAUGCGAGAGGUCCUGGUGCAAAAGGAUGACGAGUGGGAAAACUGGGGAUUAACCGAACUAGUGGAGCACUUACACAAGUUUGUAAAUCGAAACCCUAUUCGUGCAGAAGAGAAUGAAGCAUCUGGAAAACAAGAUUGGAAGAAAAGAGGUCGUUGGAGUGAUCGUGAAAAAUUACUCUUUGGUAAUGACGGUGAAAGAAACAAGAAAAAGCAAUGUAUUUACUGUGAGUCAAAGGAACAUACAGCUAUCAAUUGUACGAAGAUAUUAGAUGUUGCUAAGCGACGUGAGAUUCUAAAGCAAAAGAAUUCCUGUUACAAUUGUGCGACCCCAGGCCAUCGAGCUUCGACAUGUAGGGCACAAGGUUGUCAUAAAUGCGGACAAAAGCAUCACACUUCAAUUUGUCAAUAGAAGAGACCAUCCUCAAUGGAUGGGAUGAAUAAUAGCAAAGGAGAAAAGGGUUAUGCAGGUAUUCAACGAGAAGCAGGUGUGGAUGAACUUGGACGUGAAAAAACUGAUAAGGCUCUUGGGGCAGCCCAAAGUAAUCAACCUACUGUACACCCGACAUUGCAUGCCAAGAUUGGGGACAAAAAGGUACGAGUUAUGAUCGACACUGGGGCAAGUAGUUCAUACAUCUGUAGUGAUCUUGUUACUGAGCUAAAACUGAAACCAAUACGGCAAGAAAGGCGCUCUAUCGAACAAAUGUAUGGGACAGUGGAUAAAGUUGUCGAG